AUGACAUCAGCAAUAGAAAAAACCACAUGGGAUGAUGUUGAUGAAGCCAUGGUGGAAGAGGUUAUGCGGAUGUCAACGGAAGAGUUGACAAGUAGGGCAAGGUUACUUGAUGCUGAAAUUCGCUUUAUGAAGUCAGAAUUGCAUCACGUUGACCAUGAAAUCAAGAUGAAACAAGCAAAAGUAAAAGACAGCAAAAGUAAGAUCAAAAUGAACAAGGCUUUGCCCUAUUUAGUGGCAACCGUUGUCGAGUUAUUAGAUGUAGAACCGCAGGAAGAUGAAAUUGAGGAAGGGGCGAAUGUGGAUCUUGAUUCGCAGCGCAAAGGAAAAUGUGCUGUCAUAAAGACAAGCACAAGGCAGACCUACUUUCUCCCAGUUAUCGGGCUUGUACCUCCUGAAGAGUUGAAACCUGGCGAUUUAGUUGGUGUACAUAAAGACUCGUAUCUUAUACUCGAGAAGCUUCCCCCCGAAUUCGAUUCUCGAGUAAAGGCUAUGGAAGUUGAUGAACGUCCUACUGAGAGAUACAGUGAUAUUGGUGGUCUGGACAAACAAAUACAAGAAUUAAUUGAAGCUGUUGUUCUACCUAUGACACAUCGUGAUCGUUUUGAAGCAAUUGGUAUACAACCUCCUAAGGGUGUUUUGUUAUACGGUCCUCCUGGAACGGGGAAAACAUUGUUAGCCCGUGCAUGUGCUGCGCAGACCAAAUCCACUUUCUUAAAACUCGCUGGUCCUCAACUAGUUCAAAUGUUCAUUGGAGAUGGGGCAAAGUUAGUCAGAGACGCAUUCCAGCUAGCCAAAGAAAAAGCUCCAGCAAUCAUAUUUAUUGACGAACUUGAUGCAAUCGGCACAAAACGCUUUAACAGUGAAAAAGCUGGUGAUCGUGAAGUACAACGAACAAUGUUGGAACUGUUAAAUCAGCUGGAUGGUUUUCAACCGAAUCAUGAUAUCAAAGUGAUUGCAGCAACAAAUCGUGUGGAUAUCUUAGAUCCAGCCUUAUUACGAAGUGGUCGUGUUGACCGGAAAAUUGAAUUUCCAGCACCAAAUGAAGAAGCACGUGCUCGAAUUAUGCAAAUUCAUUCUCGUAAAAUGAAUGUUGACAAAGAUGUUAACUUUGAGGAAUUAGCUCGGUGUACAGACGACUUCAACGGUGCUCAAUGUAAAGCUGUGUGUGUUGAAGCAGGUAUGAUCGCGCUACGUCGUGGAGCCUCAGAAGUAAUACAUGAAGAUUAUAUGGAUGCUAUACUAGAAGUACAAGCAAAAAAACGCACCAACUUAAACUAUUAUGCUUGA